UCGAACAUCUUCAACCUCUCCCCAACGAUAAGAGAAAUCCACACAUUGCCCAAUCAUUCCCGUUCCUUCUUCACGUCCACAUCUCUCUCUCUCCGCUACUCUCUCUGAGCCUGUUCCCAAUCAAAACCACCCCAUUUCUCACAUCCCCAUAGGCCCCUCACUCUACCAACACACUCUCUCCCUCGCUCUCUCUGAGCCACAUCACAAACACUCAGCAAUGGCCUCGGCCACCGCACCCACAACCCUCUCUUUCCUGCCCACCACCACUUCCUCUUCCACCACUCUCACCCGCUCGUCCCUCCUUCACCUCUCCCCCACCUCCUCAUCCUCUUCCAUCUCCCUUCGCUCCUCCAGCCUGAGCCGCCUCGGCUUCUCCGCUGUCGACCCUCUCUUCGCUCUCAGAGUGGCCUCCAAAGUGCGAUCAUUCAAUAGUAAGGCAGUGAGAGGCGUGGUGUCCAUGGCCAAGAAGAGUGUUGGGGACUUGACCUCCGCGGACUUGAAGGGGAAGAAGGUGUUUGUGAGGGCUGACUUGAAUGUGCCUCUGAAUGACAGCCAGGUUAUCACUGAUGAUACAAGGAUUCGGGCUGCGGUACCAACAAUCAAGCAUUUGAUUCAGAAUGGGGCUAAAGUCAUUCUUUCCAGCCAUUUGGGACGACCAAAGGGUGUUACUCCAAAAUUUAGCUUGGCACCUCUUGUACCUCGGCUGUCUGAACUACUUGGCAUUCAGGUUGUGAAGGCGGAUGACGUUAUUGGUCCAGAGGUAGAAAAGUUGGUGGCUUCACUUCCUGACGGCAGUGUUCUUCUUCUUGAAAAUGUGAGAUUUUACAAGGAGGAAGAAAAGAAUGACCCUGAGUUUGCAAAGAAGCUUGCCUCUUUAGCAGAUCUUUAUGUGAAUGAUGCAUUUGGGACUGCACAUAGAGCGCAUGCAUCAACUGAAGGGGUUACGAAAUUCUUGAAGCCAUCUGUUGCUGGUUUCCUAUUGCAGAAGGAACUUGACUAUCUUGUUGGGGCAGUAUCAAGCCCAAAGAGGCCAUUUGCUGCCAUUGUGGGUGGCUCAAAGGUUUCAUCCAAGAUUGGAGUUAUCGAGUCACUCCUAGAAAAGGUUGAUAUCCUACUUCUUGGUGGAGGAAUGAUCUUCACAUUUUACAAGGCACAGGGUAUCUCAGUGGGUUCUUCCCUGGUAGAGGAAGAUAAGCUAGAUCUUGCUACGACACUCAUUGCGAAGGCCAAGGCAAAGGGAGUUUCUCUUUUGUUACCCACCGAUGUGGUAAUUGCAGACAAGUUUGCUCCUGAUGCUAACAGCAAGAUUGUGCCAGCUUCUGGCAUCCCUGAUGGCUGGAUGGGAUUGGAUAUUGGACCAGAUUCCAUUAAGACAUUCAAUGAUGCUUUGGAAACUACUAAAACUGUCAUCUGGAAUGGACCAAUGGGAGUGUUCGAGUUUGAAAAGUUUGCAGUUGGAACAGAGUCUAUUGCAAAGAAGCUAGCAGAUCUCAGCGGGAAGGGAGUGACAACAAUCAUUGGAGGUGGAGAUUCUGUUGCAGCAGUAGAGAAAGUAGGGGUUGCUAGUGUGAUGAGCCACAUUUCAACUGGUGGUGGUGCAAGUUUGGAAUUGCUGGAAGGCAAAGAGCUUCCUGGUGUUCUUGCACUUGAUGAAGCCACACCUGUUGCUGUGUAAGACAAAUUUUUUUUUUUUUUUUGAUAAGUAAUAAAUGUAAGACAAUUUUAAUUUGAUUUUUUUUCCCCAUCCCUGUGUUAAUGUUUUUUAUUUGGAGGAUGUAAACGAGAAAUGAAAGUGUCCUAGGAAGAUAUGAGUUGCUGUAAAUGUUCAUUUAUGUUCUCUUUGAUGUAAGGUCGAAUUCAGUCUCUCAGGCCCUUUUUCAUAUUUGCCAGAACAGGUUGUAAGAUUGGGCAGGGUGAGUCAUACAAACAAUGUAAUAAAUUGGUCCUUUUCCCAUUA